AAAAAUAUAAAACAAAAAAUAUUAUUAUAUAGUUAUUACAGAAUUCUGUGUUAUUAUGCUCUAUUUAAAUUAUUCAAAAUUCAAUUUCAUAACCAGACUUUAACUAGUUUAACCAUAAAUUAGGAAUUUAAUUUAUUGAUUAUUAUUCGUAAAAAAUUAUAUAAUAUGUGCUUUAACGUUAAAAUUUAAAAUAAGUGUCGAAUUAAUAUAUUUGAUAUCUGUAAUACUCUAUAGUGUUAUUAAUAGUUAAUACCUACAUUAAUUGAUAUAAUUAAUUAAUUGUUAUUUUCCAUUUCAAAUUGUAAUUAAUUUCAAAAUAUUCAAAAUGGUUGAAAAUGUAGGGGAUUUACAUAAUUUUAUACAAUUCAAGUUACUUGCUUCAGACGGAAUAAAGAAAUGUCAAAAUAUUAAUAAUGAAGAAAAAAAUGGACAAAUUAUUAUUUUAGAUAAAUAUAAUUCAAGAGAUGUUUCAAUAAUAAUGAACAGUUUGAAGACAUUCAACUAUUUGAGAAUGAACAACAAAGAAAAUUUAAAUAACCUUAAUAUUUUUUUCAAAAAUAUUAAGAACAACAAAGAAGUCCACAAUAAAGCACUUGCGAUGUUUAAUUCAAGAUUAAAUAAUAAGUAAUUUUAAUGCUUAAAAAUAAUAAUAUAUUCUUUCAAUCUUUUUUUUUUUUUAAAAAAACUGUGAAUAGUGAAUAUAAUAAUAACAUUUAUACCUAUUAUCUUAUCACUGUAUGUUAAUAUACGUUUUUAAAAAUAAA